GAUUAGUAUUAAAUAAAAAUUAAGGAAUUGCAUGAUUUCGUGUUUCAGGCAUCAUUGCGGACGUUGACGAUCGAGUUGCACCCCACGCAUAGUUCUUCAGCGAUUGGACGGCUUCCGUACGAUUGCAACUAGUUUCAGCAGUCCACGACAGUUAGCUGCCACGAGUUGACGGGUUCGGUCGAUUCGGCCGCUGCAUCGUUCCCGAACGGCACGAUCGCUUUUCCCGUUGCAACGUCGACGAGAGAACGCGCGUGCGAGGAGAGGCCACACUGACCCCGUAUCCCCUUGUGUAGAGUCUGUCGACCUUUGACUCUGGACCGGCGACAAAAGCCUACCAAGCAAUCGCCAAGCGGUCGACGAUCUCCCCUUUGAGCUCCUCUCUUGGAUUAUCGCUGUCCACGAUAUCCUUCACGGGGCUCUUUGACGUCUCUUGCUUCACCUUAUCUGGGAACACCAUGCUAUCGAGAUUGACAUUGUCGGCUGCUCUACUCCUUUUAACAAUAGCAGUUAUAGUCUCGGAAGGAUGCGAAUUGGAUCAAAUGCGAUACGGAUGUCGCAUUUACAAUGCACAAUGCAGUUGCGGUUACGGCUGCAAAUCCGAGUAUAGGUAUGACAACAAUGACGAUUGCAAAUUAGCGCUGAAAGGAAGACGUAGCGACAUAUGUUAUCGAUCGAAACCUUGUCUAAAUGAGGGUUCAUGUUCCCAAAUAUCAUCGGAACCUGGAUUUAAAUGUCGCUGUGAAGGAACUGGAUUCUAUGGCACUUAUUGCGAGACACCUUGUCCACGACCGGAUGUUACACUUUUACGAGGACAAUACCCUUAUGAAUGCGUCGUGAUUUAACCCGAAUCUCUCCUCUUACUUUCAUCUGAAAUUCAAAUUCAUUUUAAUAUGAUACACAACGUACAGGGAAAGAAACGCAUUUCAUAAAACGUAUUUACACACAUAUCUUUGUACAUACAUAAUAAAUAUUAAAAUCUACAGAU